AUGCCGGCAGAGAAUACAGCCAGGUCAGAGCAAACGCCCGAGCGUGCGGUGGAGCGGGAGCGGGGGGAGCGGGGGGGGGCGGGGGGAAGGCUGCCGCGGUGGGCGUGGCGGGGGGGGCCCCUCCUGAACCUGGGGGCGCUGCUGUCCCGGCGGGGCGGGGCUCGGCUGUGCCAGCUGGGCCUGGGCGGGGCCGUGCUGACCCUGCUGCUGCGGGUGACGGGGCACACGGGCGCGCCCUACGGCUGGCUGUGCGCGGCGGUGUGGGCGGGCUGCCUGGCGGCCUCCCUGGCCCUGGUGCUGCUGGAGGUCACGCGUCUGCACGCCUGCCUCUCCGUCUCCUGGGGCGACCUGACGGCGGCGCACGCGGCCGUGGCGACCCUGCUGCAGGCGGGGGCGACGGCGCUGUACGCCGUGUACACGCUGCUCCCGGGCUGCGGCUGGGGCGCCUGCGGCCUGUGGCCCUACCGCGUGGCCCUGGGCGUGUGCUCCGGGGCCUGCGGCCUGGCCUACGCGGCCGAGGUGCUCCUCCCGGCCCGCCCGCCCGCCUACAUGGCCACGCCCCCCGGCCUGCUGAAGGCGGCGCAGGCGUGCGUGGGCGGGGUCGUCCUGGGCGCGCUGGCCAAUGGGAGCGAGCCCUCGCGGCCGCUCCCCGCGCGCGUGUGCGUGGGCGUGUACGCCGUCUGCUUCGCCACCUCCCUCCUGGCCAUCGGGCUGGCCGUGGCGGGCCGGGCCGGCGCCGCCAACACGGACCGGGCCCUGGCCGCGUACGCCCUCCUCGCCACCCUCCUCUACCUGGGCGCCUCCGUGGCCUGGCCCCUGGUCUCUUUCGACGCGCGGUACGGAGGGGCCCCCGCCCGGCCCCCGGGCUGCCCCCGCUGGGGGGGGCGGGGCCGCUGCCCCUGGGACGCCCGGCUGCUGGUGGCCGUCUCCGGCUGCCUCAACCUGCUGCUCUACCUGGCCGACCUGCUCUGGGUCUCCAGCUGCCCCCGGCCCGUGUCCCGGCCCGCCCUGCAGCUGGUGUAGGCGCUGGCCGCCCGGGACAGCCUCGGCUGGGCCAAUCCCAGGGCCUCGCUCUCCGGGCAGGCUGACAGCCGACCAGCCAA